AGAGAGAGAGUGUGUGUGUGUGUGUGUGUGAGAGAGUGUGUAUGAUUGUGUGUAUCAGUGCGUGUAAGAGGUUUCAGUCUUUGCUUUUAAACACUCUCUUUGUGCUGUAAAUGAGAGGCAGCCCGGGUGAAGUGCGCUUGAUGAGCUGACUGGAUCAGGUGAGGAUGGAGGCGGCGCGGCUUGGACGCGGACUGGACACGGCGGCCGUGUCGGAGGGUCAUCAUGCCGACCGGAAGUGCCCUUCUCCGGGAAAACGGCACGCGGUCAAGCGGCAUCAUCACAAACACAACCUGAAGCACAGGUACGACUUCCUGGAGACUCUGGGCAAGGGGACAUACGGCAAAGUGAAGAAAGCUGUGGACAGAACCGGGAAACUGGUGGCCAUCAAGUCCAUCAGGAAAGAAAAUAUUAAAGAUGAACAGGACCUGACGCACAUCAGGAGAGAGAUCGAGAUCAUGUCAUCCCUCAAUCACCCCUACAUCAUCACCAUAUACGAGGUGUUUGAGAAUAAGGAUAAGAUCGUGAUUGUGAUGGAGUACGCCAGUAAAGGAGAUUUGUUCGACUACAUCAGUGAGAGGCAGAUCUCUGAGCGAGAGGCGCGACACAUCUUCAGACAGAUCGUCUCAGCGGUGCACUACUGCCAUCGGAACGGUAUUGUGCACCGCGACCUGAAACUGGAAAACAUUCUGCUGGACGCAAACGGAGACGUGAAGAUUGCUGAUUUCGGUCUGUCGAGCCUGUACCGGAGAGACGAGUACCUGCAGACGUACUGCGGCAGCCCGCUGUACGCCUCUCCUGAGAUCGUUAACGGGCGGCCGUAUAAAGGGCCAGAGGUGGACAGCUGGUCCCUGGGCGUCCUCCUGUACGCUCUGGUGCACGAAGCCAUGCCGUUCGACGGCCACGACUACAGGACGCUGGUGCGACAAAUCAGCACCGGAGACUACCGCAAACCCACCAAGCCAUCAGAUGCAUGUGGUCUGAUCCGCUGGAUGCUGAUGGUAAACCCUGAUCGCAGGGCGACUCUGGAGGAAAUUGCAGGCCACUGGUGGCUUAACUGGGGCUACCAGCAGCCUCUUCUGGCUGAGAACGAGAAAACAGGAACAACAACAACAACUUCCACGUCGUCACAAACGAGCAACUCGACCAGAAUCACUGAUUGGCUUCGAAGAACCUCUCGACCUCUUCUGCACAGCGGCUCUAAAAUGCGCUGCCUUCUACGUCCGGGAGGGGGAAUCACAGGAGACGCGCCCAUCGCUCGUCAGCGUUCGAUUCGCAGGUCACGCAAAGAAAACAACGUCUCUCAGAGCAUGCAAGAGAACACUGCGCCCAGGCCGUUUAAAGGCAUCCUGAAAAAACGUGGCAGCUUGAAGCAGAAGCCGUGUGGUGAACCACAGGUUCCGCCUUUGGAGGAAAAAAUGACUAACGCAAUAGUGGCGCCACCUGUAGCCCAGCCUCCGCCUCCUCCUCCCCCAGCUCCACCCCCUCGCAAGGGAAUCCUGAAGAAGCCAGCAGAGAGGGAGAGGGAAUCCGGUUAUUACUCCUCAUCCACUGAAAGCAGUGAUUCCACCCAAACACCACAACCUGAGCUGUGCACUGCGAUGCCACCGCGACGUAAAGGAAUCCUUAAACGUAACGGAAAAUUUUCCUCCGGGGUUUUGCAAGAAUUCGGGGAGUUCGGCUCGCUGGACCAGCUAGCGGCAUCCCUGCCACCAGGGGGCGUCAGAUCUCGUCCCAGCAUGGCCAUCAGCGAGGACAGCAUCCUUUCAUCAGAAUCCUUUGAUCGGUUAGACCUGCCUGAUCGCCGUGAACCUGCAAUGAAGAUGGAUCGUCCAGCAGGGGGUGGCGCUAUGCGCGGCAGCGUUUCGGCUGACAAUCUACUGGACCUGAAGGAAAGCAGGCAGGAAUUAUGGGAUACAGACAAGGUGGGAGAAAGCACGUUCUCCAUCACGGACUGUGAAAACGUGACCAAGGUCUACAAGUCUGCCUGUAAGGGCACCCACAUCAGCUGAAACUCCCGAUACACGCGCAAAACUCAUUCCGACCCGAGUCCGAAGUCCGCUUCAGGACGUGUUCCGAUUCUUCAUGGAAAGGAAUUGUUGUGGAGACAGCAGUCCCGACACAGGGAAGGACGACUAGCCAGAGCUGAGGUUCCACGUUCAGACUCUAGGGGGCGCGUUCUCCAUCACAGACUGAAAACGUGACCCCAGUGCACAAGAUGGCCUUUAACGGUGGCGGACGUAGCGCUAGCUGAAACUAGACAUUAAACUUAUUUAAGACAUGGCUGUCAGACCAGCGCAAGUCCGUUACAGUUUUGCUUGAGACGUACAAAGGACAUUUGUAAACGGAGCCAAAAUGGGCGUAGAAAAGGGAAUAGCAUUUGUCAGUAGAGAAAAGCAAAAUGUGCCAAGCAGCUCUUCUUAGAGAGGUGAUUCUCCUUUUAAAAAGCAUUACUUAAAUACAUUUUUGACUUGAUGAGGCUGCAGUCUCUCUAUAUGUCAAACUGGGACUUUGUUUUGUGAGACUUGAGCUUGAAAAUUAACCAAAAGAACCAAAGACGCUGAAAAAAACAUUUAAGAGGUAAUAAUCCGACUUGAGAGAUGAGGACCAGAAGAAAUCUAAAGGAAACCUUCUGGUUUAUCAUCUGCAAGCUCAAAAGUCUGCAGCUCAGAGUCCAUUAGUGAUAAGAUGUUUUUUUUGUUUUUUUUUUAAUUUAAAAAAAUACAACAAAGUUUGUUAGCCUUGUGCAAUGAUUAACCUUUAAGACAGACGGUUAUCAGUCUCACUUUCGGCUGAAACACCAGAGCAGACACGGUUAUUUAUUGCUUUAUGAAUUUACUCUUGUGAUAAGGAUUAGAUGAUGUAAACUGACUGUGAGAAGUUUGUAAAACCAGUUUUGUAAGUGGUACUCGCUCAUCGAGGCCUCUAUAUGAAAACACUGUUGUCUUUUUUUUUUAUUUUUUUGAAAAACCUGCUUUUGUAAAACCAACAAUUUGAGAUCAAGAAGAAAUGAAGGCAGGCGUGGACUUUGUUGCUUCUGUCCAACUUCUGCCGUCUGAUGUAGAAACUUUAAAUAUUUCUUGAAAUUUUUUUAUAGUAAUUUUAUUUCCAUGGCAAUUCAGAAUGCAAUAGUGGUCUUGUGUUCAUACUGUUUCUGUCAUUUCAUGUGAAAAACUGCAAUAAGAAUGUUAUAAUGCAACACCGCUUGUCUGAAACUGGAAAAUGGCCGACAUGGCACAAACGCAAUGUGUAUUUUUGGCGCUUAUUCUGUACAUGCGUUAAACAAACCUGUAACAUCGUAGGGUCAGCCUUCAACUGUGUUUGCCAAAGGCCCUGACCUUUUGUAGCGUCUGCUCCGAAACCGAUACUGGAUCAGUGAGUCAAUAAAAACUCACAAACACAA